AAUCACAUUACCUUUUCAAUACUAACCCAAGCAUAAAACAAUAUCAUUCACAAAGUAUACCGUUAAAUGCACACUAAUUAGCACGACCAUUAAGAAAACAUUAAUCUUCAUACGUCACCAAGUAAUAAACGUAGCAACGUACCUCUAACAGCACGUCGAUGUAAAACGGAACAUUAGUUCUUGUUGCAUGAUUGGAUAAAGUUGGCCAUUUCUGUUGUGACACGGAUGAUAAGAGAAGUGUACUUUAUCAGUUAGUCGAUACACCGGCGGCGCACCGACCAAGGAAAAAAUAGUUGUAAAAAUGAUACGUCCUCUAACCCCGGAGUUGGCGAAAAUAGCCAAAGAUGAAUUGAAUGAGAACCCGAAUCAAGUACCAAGCGAUCUUCAGCAUUUGAAGGAUUGGAUCUCAAAACAGCCCCACUUGAGGGCGAGGACAGAUGAUCAGUGGCUCAUCGCGUUGUUGCGAGGCAGUAAGUUCAGUUUGGAGAAGGUCAAGAAGAAGUUAGACUUGUAUUAUACCUUAAGGACCACGGCACCAGAUCUAACCUUGAGAAUAAAACCUACAGAUCCAAAGUUCUUGGACUUUUUUAGACUUGGGACAUGCCUGAUCCUUCCGAAGCCGAAAGACAAGUUAAUUCCCCGCGUCAUCCUGAUCAGAGCUGGUCACUACGACGCGUCAGUCUUCAAUGUAGCUGACGUCAUGUGCAUGUUUUACUACUUAGUACAGAUACUUGUGAUGGAAGAUGAUGUAGCUUGCGUGUUAGGCACCAAAAUAGUUACGGACUACUCGGAGGUUACCAUGGCGCACUUCAUGCAGGGCACGCCUUCUAUGCUUAAGAAGAUGGUCGCGGUUUGUCAGGAUUCGAUGCCCCUCAGAUUAAAAGGCAGUCAUCAUAUUAAUUUACCAUCUGGAGUUGAAAAAGUAUUCGUGCUUGUUCAAGGAUUUUUAAAUGAAAAGGCUAAAAAACGAUUAAAAAUCCAUAAAAGUCCUGAAGAAUUGUUGGAGCACAUUCCGAAAGAAGUAAUUCCAGUGGAGUAUGGCGGCACUGGUGGUACCGUACCAGAACUAAUAGAAUAUUGGGUAGACAAAUUUAAAAAAUACCAUGACUUUAUGAAGUUUGAAGAACAGUUGGGUACUGACGAAUCAAAGCGGCUCGGACCUCCAGUAGCAGCAGACCUCAUGGCAGACGGAUCUUUCAGGAAACUUGACAUAGACUGAUUUUGUUCCUAACGAUUAUUGUAUAAAUAUUUCUAUUUGUAAGUAGUUAAUUAUUUAGGUAAAUUCUUAUGAAUUUACUUUUGCACAUGUUUUUUUGUUUACUCGUUGCAAAAGUGUAACAAAAUUAUGUUGAUUUUUUUUUCACAAUAAACAUUAUGCAACUAAUCUA